CAGGUGGCAAUGGUGCCCAAGCACUCGUACCCCUAUCCCACCGUGGACGUUCCUGACCACGCCCACUACACCAUUGGCUCUGUCAUCCUCGCCAUUGGCAUCACAGGCAUGGUGGGAAACUUCCUGGUCAUUUACGCCUUCAGCAGGAGUCGCAGUCUGAGGACACCGGCCAAUAUGUUCAUCAUUAACCUGGCGAUCACAGACCUGCUGAUGUGCAUCACUCAGACGCCCACCUUCUUCACCACCAGCAUGCACAAGAGGUGGAUCUUCGGAGAGAAAGGCUGCGAGCUGUACGCCUUUUGUGGCGCCCUCUUUGGAAUCUGCUCCAUGAUCACGCUGACGGUGAUCGCCAUCGACCGCUACUUCGUCAUCACGAGGCCUCUGACCUCCAUUGGCGUAUUGUCACGGAAGCGGGCCCUAAUCGUACUUGGGGCAGCAUGGCUCUAUUCUUUGGGCUGGAGCCUGCCGCCAUUCUUUGGCUGGAGCGCUUAUGUCCCGGAGGGUCUGCUGACUUCCUGUUCCUGGGACUACAUGACCUUUACGCCGUCGGUGCGAGCGUACACCAUGCUGCUUUUCAUCUUCGUCUUCUUCCUGCCGCUCUUCAUCAUCAUCUACUGCUACUUCUUCAUCUUCCGUGCCAUACGCAACACAAACCAGGCCGUGGGGAAGUUUCACGGCAGCACUCACAGUCACAGCAGCGGACGUGACUCUGUGAAGAGUUUCCAUCGGUUGCAGAACGAGUGGAAGAUGGCGAAGAUCGCCCUGAUCGUCAUCCUGCUCUACGUCAUCUCAUGGUCGCCGUACUCCGCCGCUGCCCUCACCGCUUUCUUCGGAUACGCCGACAUGUUGACUCCCUACAUGCACUCUGUGCCCGCCGUCAUCGCCAAGGCCUCCGCCAUCCACAACCCCAUCAUCUACGCCAUUACACACCCCAAGUACAGGGUUGCGCUGGCUAAGUACAUCCCGUUCCUCGGUGUCUUGCUCUGUGUUCAUCCUCGUGACAUCCGCUCGUCCAGCAGCAGCUUUGUGUCGACGCGUCGCUCCACUGUGACCAGCCAGUCCUCCGACAUCAGCAGUCACUUCAGACAGCACAGCAUCGGCAAGGUCCGCCUCUCCUCUGUGUCCGACAGCGAAUCGGGUAUGACAGACACAGAGGCUGAUCUGUCCAGUAUGGGCUCCAGACCAGCCAGCCGCCAGGUCUCCUGUGAAAUCAGCAGAGACACCACCGAACUGCCCGACUUCACACCCUCGUCCAGCUUCAAGUCCAAGUUGAAGAGCAACGACUCGGGCAUCUUCGAGAAGUCCUACGACACAGAUUUCUCAAAGACAGGAGUCGGUGAACGCAGCAGCGUCCCAAAUAGCGGAGAUUACGCAGACGGACACGUCACAAGAGGCACGCUCAGUCGAAUCCCGAGCAUCGUCGUCACCUCAGAGACCAGCCCCUUCCUUCCCAUUGGACGGAAUGGUUCACGCAACGCACGCACCAAAACAAACAACUACAACAACAACAGCAACAGGGGGGCAGGGCACGGGUAGACUGACUCCAGCAGCCAAUCAGCUGCAGCCACCACAUCAGCUCACGUCCAGUCACAUAUCUGGAAACGUAGAGUUCAAACACAUCUGAAACUAAGACGCACACAAAACCAUAAUUUAUUUUUUGAUUUAUGUUUCAACCACAACUUAUACUGAGGCUGAGAAAUCUGAAUAACAAUUCAUGCAUUAUAGAGCAACAUAACACCUUAAGCUGGAACACACUUCCUUCCUUUACAAGUGCCCCAUAUUGGUGAAUUUAGAACAAAUAUGAAAAAGGUAAAAGGCGCGAUAGACGUGAAAUUAGCUUCUUUCACUUGCUCGCUUGCUUGAUGGAAAUUGUUGAACCAGACCCAGAAAGUUACAUAAUGCAAUGCCGCAAAAGCCAGAAUCGAUAUUAGGUUUACCUAAAUUGUAAUUUUGUGUGCAUCUAAGUCACUGAAAUAUGAACUGUAUCUACUAAAGCUUUUAUGAGCUACUUUGAUACAAGUAUCUAAAGUAUAACAUACACAGAAGGACGCGGCCCCUGAAGUGAGACACAGUUUAUUUAAUUUGAAACUGCUUAUUAUACAACUGAAGACAAAUUUAUAUCUGAUAGUGUUUCUUUUAUUUCUUAAACGUAAUCUUUAACCGAAAGAAAAUAGUUUUCCUGCUCCUCAUUUCUUGUCCCUGAUUCGUAAUGUUUAAAUAACGACUCGUCAUGUUUCAUGUUUUGUUCUAUUUAGACGAGUUCCUCGUUUCCCUCCAGCGAGAGUGUUCUCAAGUUUUAAGAAAAAGAAAAGUGUUAAUAUGAAUUAAUGUGUGUUGAGAUUUUUAAGCAGCACAUUUUUGCGAUUUUUCUGUUUGUAUUUGUAUUGUCUGUUGCUUUGGAUUGAAAUCUUCUGUUGUGUUUUUUCCAACUCAGUUAUCUGCAGAGUGAUGUGACAGGGGUUCGCUGUUAGUUAAACAUAAAUGUGAGUUAAAGAAAAACACUGUGUCUUUAAAGAGUGUGGAUGGUAGUUUCUUUCUUUGACUCUCUCUGAAACUACAGACACAAGAGCACAGAUAAAUUGGGAAUUUAUUCUACCAGGACAUUAGUUUUGUCCUGAAGAGCAGGAGGUCUGAGCCGCUUCUUAAAUUGUUUUUAUAGUUUAUAUUUCGUAGUUGCGAUAAACACUUCAGUUAGGGCUCAUCAUCAGUAUUUAUCAGUAUUUAGGCAGUUCGUGGAAAGCACAGAAUGGAGUUUACAGACAAAUGUACCAAACUAUACACGAACAUUCUCAAACCAAAGCGUGACCAAAAACGAUAAGGAUAAACAUCUUGUUUUGAGCCUUCUUCCUGCCGAUAAAUGAUCCUGGUAAAAGGGAAGUAUUCAAUUACAGCUAGUUUUUAAGGAUCAUUGCUGCCAGAGUCAAGUACUGAGAUACACUUUUUGAGGGGAAACCUUAUAUUUUUUGGAAUCCUUCUGCCAUUAUUUGGGUGUUUUUCCACUUUAUGGAGCUAAGCUAAAUUCUUGCCUCCGGUCUUUGUGCUGAUCCAGGCUGAAAAUGUCCUAGACCCAUGAAAGUGUUUCCAUCUGAUAUCAGAUUUGGAUAAUAUUUAGGUACAGGGACAAUCAGUAGGAUUUUCCAAAAUGGCAGUUAUCUUUCUUACUCAAAUCCCCUCAUGCUGGAAGCCCUGAGGCCUGCAAAUGCACUUUUGUUAAGAAACAAGUUAUUUUUAAUGGUUUUCAAAAAGUCCCCGUGUUCUGGUGUUGUUCAGCUCGUUUUUAUCUCCCUUUUCUUUAUUUCAUUUUCCUAUUUGCAUCUUUGAAUUGUAUAUUUUGCUGAAUGUUGAUUUAGUGGAAUGUGAUUGUGAUGUUGUUGGUAUUCGUACCGGCGGUUAAAGGGGAUAUUGGUGUUGAUUGUAAAGUGGCUCUUGAAAAGCAAAUCUUACCUGUUGGUCUGUGUGGAGUUCACGAACAUUCCCUAACAAUCUAAUUGAAUGUUUUCACAAAACACAUACAGAUUUCCUCUCAUGACAGAUUGCCAUCAAUGCAACGAGUCAACAAAGCCUCAACAAAACUAAAACUAAAGAUUGUAGUAGUCUUAACCGAUAAAAAGCUGCAACGUCAGACUGUUCACCAUCUGAGCCAUGCUAGUGUGCCUAGUGGCUAAGCUAGUAUUUAGCUAACAUUACUAAUAUGUUGUAGAUGCUAACUGGGCUGUUAAAGUGUUGUAAUAUUAGCUAUAGAUAAUCCAAAUUAAGGCUUCACAAAACCAUCUGUGGGGCCCAAGACUAAACUAAAGACUAAAUUAUCAAUUAUUAAUCUGAGGCAACGUUACUCAAAAUGUCUUAAACUGGUCUAUUCCAUUAACUAGUUUGCCUUUAGCUUAAAACCUCUUUACGUUAAAUCUAAACUACAACAAACUUUAAUUAGCUAAACUAUAACAUGUAAUCGAGAUUAGCUGCUUUAGCUUAAAUACAGGCUAAAACCAUAUAUUUCAGCGGAUAAACUGUUGGCUACGCUUUGUGGGUAAAGACUAAACUGGUGAACGUAGAACUAAAAUAAUCUGUGAGGCAACGUUAGUCAAAAUGUCUUAAACUGGUCAGUUAGUUUAGCUUUAGCCUACCUUAAGCUAAAAGCUUUUUACAUUAUAGCCACACUACAACACAUUGUUAGCUAACCUAUUACAUUGAUUAAGAUUAGCUGCUUUAGCUCGAAUACAAGCUAAAACCAAAUAUAUUAGCAGCUUAACUGUUAGCUACACCAACUCAGCAAUUUUUUGCCAAACCAAACAAGCUUUGUUGGUAAAGACUAAACUGGCUAAUAUAGAACUAACCUACACUGAAAGGCAACAUUACCCAAAUGUCUUCAACUGGCCUGUGAGUUAACCUUUAGUUUACAUACAGCUCAAAUGUUUUCACUUUAGCUAAACUACAAUAAACUGUUCAAUUAGCUGAAUUAUACCACCAGCUAACCUUAUCAAGAAUAGCUGCUUUAGCGUAAAUACAUUGUUGUAGUUUAAAGCCUGAGGGAUAGAGAAUCAGAUUACAUAUUCUGCGCUGAUGGCUUUGAUUUAUAAAUGUAUAUUCACUUCCAUCCUGUUAGCAACACAAACCUCAACCUCUGCAUAUUUUCCUAAUAUUUUCUGCUAGAGUGUGAUGGCAGAAAGUGCAGUAUAUGGUAAAUCAGCAGUAUAAUGCAGUAAAUCUCCACACCGCACAACAGUGUAGUAAUAAUACUGAAUAUAUAUGCAGGUGUUUGAUAUAGUAGUUCUUGUGUAUUGAAAUUUCCGUUCCAGAAGGGUUGACGUUUGAGAAUGGAAAGAGGAUUUAUGGAUGAUUUGUCACUCCUGUUGGUCUUAUUUAUUUUUCUAAAUAAAUAUCUAUUAUUCA